UGUCAAUGUCAACUUUCAACUGCGAUGCCGUCAAGCGUCUUUAUUUCAAAUAUUUCCUAAAACACAAUUCAUAAUAAAAUAAAACAAUUUCUGGGGUUCUUUUUGCUCAAUAAUUUCAAUUUGGUACUCUUCUAUGCCGUAGUGCCCAAAAAAAAAAAUUUAAAUCUUAGUAAUAUCCUAAUAUUUUUCUUUAUUCCGCACUAACAUGUAUCAGUGAAAGUUGGCACAGAAAACAUUGGAAAAUGGGGAAAACUAGCAAAGUCGUCGUCUGCGGCAUGAAGGGGGUCGGGAAAACUGCUAUUCUAGAGCAGCUUAUUUACGGAAAUGUGAAUUUAAAGUCGUCUUUUUACCCGACCAUCGAAGAUAUUUAUGUGGCAAAUAUCGAAACUGACAGGGGGACGAAAGAGCGCGUUUGCUUUUACGACACAGCGGGCUUGGAGCCCCCGCUUACAGGCGAGUUGAAAGGUCCUCCUCAGUCUCCAACCAUGCAGCUGACCGCUAACCAAGUGCUGCAGCGCCACUACCUUGGCUUUGCUGAAGGGUUUGUCAUGGUGUAUGAUACGGCUAGACCUGAAUCUCUGGACGUAUUGAUGUAUUUGAAGAAGGAUAUAGACAGGAAUAAAGAUAAAAAGGAGGUGGUCAUGUUGGUAGUGGGCAAUCGUACAGGUCCUGACGAUAUAAACAGCCUCGAGAACACAUGCUCUAAAGCUUCGAACUGGUGCUCGCGGGAAAAGAUCCGCCAUUUUGAAGUAACCGCCAUGGACCGCCCUUCAUUGUACGAACCUUUCAUUUUCAUGACGUCGAGACUCAACCCACUACAAAAUAAAACCGCCUUCCCCCAGCUAAGCACACUGAGUAAGCUCACCCAAAAGAAUAACAAGAGUGAAGCCAUGUAACGGUACUUUUUUAAUCUAUGCCCUUUCUGCUAUCAACCUUGAGAAGGUAAGGGGUCAAAAAUGGCCCGUCAUUUCAUCUAUUAAGUGACAAUCUGAUUUUGAGUUGAUUAUUUGGCUUUAUAAUUUUAUGUUUAGUUAGCAAUUGUAAUGAUCUCUUAUAGUAUAAUUUAUGUUUAUGCGAAUGGUGGACAUUGAAAUAAAAGUAAAUUUGUCUUUUUAACGAUAUUGGAUUUACUAUUACGGACGGUCAACACCGCAGUCUGUUUUGUGACUGUAAAGGCUGAUUUGAACACUAUGCAGACCCUUAGUGGUUUUGGUAUUUUAAAAUAUUUUUGCAUUUUGUGUUCUUGUACCUUCAGUAGAGGAUAUUUAAGUUCAAUAUGAUUUGCUAUUCAUUUCAGAUAAUGUAUAUAAGUAUAGCAACUUGUAUAUUAUAUAUAUUUGUGACAUGUGUUAUAUAGUAUACAUAGAUAUAUUGAAAUCUCAUGAAAUCAAAUUUAGAACAAUAGUAGUUAGAAUUUUAAGAAAUGGGAUCUACAUUAUUUAGAUCCCUCUGAUGUGUCUGUAUUAGAAUAUUUUAUGUAGCAGUAUUCAUAUUGUAUUCUGUUAUACCCACGUGCUAAGCUCUAAAGCAGUAACUAAAAAAAAUCAAAAUCUUGAUAUUUAUGUCGUCAAAAGAAAUACCCAUCGAAUGCACUUACCUAAAUAACGGUAUCUUGUUUAGAACUUGUUAAAAAAACCUUACAAGAGUUUCUCUAUCUCAGUUUUACAUAUAAAACUAUUAAACUAUAUUUACAAAACUGCGAUUAUCUCGAGGUUUCCCUGACAUACCGCUUUUGAGCUUAGCAUGGCAGUAUACCUUUAUAUAAGUAUUUUUUGUUCUUAAUCGCAUAGAUAAAAUGAUUUACAAGUGUACCUUCUAAUGAAAUCUCAUGUUAUGUACUUACAUUAUAUAAAUGAAAUUAUGUUUUACGAGAGCUUAUUAAUUAUUAAUAUUGGUCAAAGUUAAAUAAAAUAAAUUUAGUAAAUUAUAUAAACAAUAUUAUUACAAUUUACAGACAUUAAUUUGAUAAUUAUUUAAAAUAGACUUGGAAGUAUUAUUAUUGUCUAGUAUUAUGAUUUAUGAAAAUUGGUUUAUGUAAAAUAUUUUCACAAUUUUAAAGAUGUUUAUAUUUUAAGAAUAUAUUAAAAAAAAGAUAUCAUCAAAUUCAGCCCCAUUUUAUGUAAAAUUAUGUACUUAAAAAAUCAUGAAAUCAUUUUAAAGUAGAUUAAAGGGGCAUAGAUUAAAAAUCUUAAGCUGAGUACUUAAUAUUAUCAAAUUACCGUAGGCUUAGUAUAGAUGGCGUUUAGUGCAAUAUUAUAAUUACUUAUUAGUUUCGUUUCCAGUUGUUAAAUGUAUGUACACCAGUUAGGUUAGGUUAGGUUAGAAAUUUUAUGCGCUUUUCCAUUCUGUACCUUGGAGAGUUGUUUAGUGCCAAAAUACAUAUUAAAUGAAAGCUAUUUUGCCGUGCGAGUGGGUGCCGACAUAGUAAUACGGUUUUUCAAUAAAUUGUAAUGUUUUGUUGUCUAUGCCAUUUUGGCGGUUGCGACCACACAAACAAAUAUAUUUUGUCCUAAAAAAAUCUAAAAUAUAAAUGAAUAUAAAAUAAUAUCAUAUUAAAUUUCCUUGGUGCAGAAUAUAGUAAAAAUGGUCUGAACUAGCGCAUUUAGACCUAGUUUGUUAUUGUAAGAAACCUUUUUUGUGAAUCGUUUGCUUUUGCCACUAUUUUCUAAGAACUAUUUAUUAAAAGACUACAAAAUUUAUGAAAUCAAUUCUCUCUAAUUGGUAGCUUUAAUAGUUGCAUUUAAAUUGUUUUUCACGUUGAAUCAUCUAUUGGGAAAAAUGUGGAAUUAGAGGUAAAAAAACAGUAUGUGGAAUUUUUUAUAAAAUUUAAUUCAUUAUACUUUUAUUGCCAAGAACGUUUCUUCUGCUUUUUUAAAAAAAUAUUUUCCACCUAAUGCAGAAGUAUAAAAUUUUUUACGAUUCCGCUUUUCGGGGGGGUCAUGUUUCUUCUUAUAUUUCCCGAGUGCGUCCCUGACUUGCUCUGCUACAAUUUUCACCAAUAGAUGAAAGUGAUUUCUUGUAUUAUGCUUACGCUUACAUUGUUCCUUGCUAUUAAAAUUUUAGAUAUUCUAUUCUGUACCGUAAUUAAGUUUUUAUAAAGUAUUCUUUUGAUUGUCAAUUUGAAGGAAGUUACAAAUAUCAACUCUAUAAUGCAAAGUUUAGAUUAACAAUGAAACUUGCAGAUAUUAAUCCGCAAGCGAUUUUAAAGUUUACAAUCGCGGGCAGCUUGCAAGACUUGCGGCAAGUCGCGUAAGUAUGGAACUAUUUAAAUAUUCCUUUUGGUGUAAACGCAUCUGGAAGUUUAUGUGCAAAAUAUUGCUGCAUGAACUUGCUAGUCUAAACUUAGCUUUGUAAAGUGCUAGGUUACUGCUGGGCAGUAGGCACGAAAUUAACUCUUAAAACAAAUUAAUCAAUAAAAAUUCUUAAGACGCUCCCUCCGCAAAACGUUUACCAUAAUUUUAGAAGCUUCGAAUUAUGCCAAAUUUAUAAUACAUAUAGAAAAAAAAUAAACAUUGUUUCUCAAAUAUACUAUCUUUAGUUUGGUUGUUUAAUUUGAUUCAUAAUGUGGAUACUAUUUCAUGAAUUUCAUAAUUAAAGCGCCACUAACAUCGUUGAUUCCGUACAUUUCCUAGUAAAGUACCCAUCAUUUUAAUUUGCAAUCGACGCUACUAGAUAGACAAUUUAAUAAAGAAUAUUUUAGUAGUUUAAAAUUUUCUAAAAGACGUAAAAUUAAUUAAAAAAAAACUUAUUUUAAAUCUGAGCAUUUUAUUGACUGUUUUGGUAAUUUAUCAUAAAUACCAAAAAAAUACUUUUUUUUUCUUAGCAUAUUGUCCGUUACUCGUGCGCCGUAAAUGUAUGAAACGAACGCUCAAGGUCGUUUGUUCGAGGGAGUGCCUUGAGGAAGAGUGGUUAAAUGUAGAGUUAGUAUUGACAUUUUUGCGAGCUUUAUGGUACAGUAGAAUAGAAAAAUAUUGGCCUUAGAGACUAUAACGACAUACAAAAUUAUUGUAAAUUGAAAAUGAAAUGAUAAAUAUAAUUUUUACUAUAAAGA